GUGACAUUGUUGGGAUUCUGACUCAUGAUCUCUGGGUGAUAGAGGAACCACUUUUCUGCUACGCCACUGGCACUGGAACUGGAACUGGAACUGAGACAAUCUUGGAGGGUCUGAAGUCACUGCCGAGGUCGAGAAAUUCCAGCUCUACCUGAUCAUGCAGCCACCAAGGUUAUGGCGUAAAGGGUCCAGUUGCAAAGCACAAAAGCAUUGGACUGAGAUGAAGACAUUUGAGUCAGAGAGAGAGUUCUACCUUGAGCAGACAUUGGAAGAUACUCGCCCCCCGCCACAGGACACACACCUCUGCACUCAGACUGGAGUCAGCGACAACACCUCUGACAUUUCAAAAGGCGGUACCAAGUCUGUCCCAGAAUCCACAGGGGGUCUCAUCACUUCUCUCCAUCCUCUAAGGAUCCAUGGCAGCCCAUCAGAACCACCUCGAAGCCCCACGCUGCGGGAGUGUGAGGUCAUCAUACGGCAGCUGUAUAACGCCAACAGUCUUCAGUCUCAGGAAAUUCUCCGCAUCAAGGCCGUCCUCAGGGACAUUGUGUUCAACCGGAAAAUCACCCCAGAGAACUACAUUAUGGCCAAAGCCUAUCUCGCUGAUGAGAAAAGAACUGAGGAGCCAGAGAUGUUUCCAAAACUUCCUUUUUGUGCCCUGCCCAAAGGACUGGUGGUGUGUCAAGCUAACAAGACAGAGAGAGUGAUUCUUCCCUCACUCAAACAGAGCCUCAGCAGGAGAACUCGAGCUGUGCAGAGGAGCCGCUUAUGGAGAAAAAUACCAUAAAUGUUAAAUACUAUAUUAUUCAGACUGGACUAUUAGCAUAUUUAUAGUAGGCAUGUUAUUCAAUUGGCAGGUCUAGGGUCAGGCCAGCUAGGGUUUCUGAUUUAGAUUUAAAGUCAUCUCGUAAUUCUUAAAAUUAUUAGAAUCACUCUUGGCAUUUCAGAGCUUUUUACACACGAUGCUCAUUUUUAUAGACAUUCAUUGUUGUGAUACAUAUAUUUUGAAAUAUCUUCAAGCCUUUUUGUAUUACCUGCAUUAAUUCAGGUUGCACAUUAUAAAACCUAUCCAUUGUAUCUGUGAUUUAACAAAAAGCGUGUAUUGUAAUUGUUUAUUUUAAUAGACAAAUGUUAU